UAUACUUUGUAUGUAUAUAGUAAGGGAGUCGGUCGUCGUCGUCGUCGUCUCUGGGUUGCGUGUGUGUUGAUAUGGCGUAAGGCUAUAGCCUGGAGAGGCGAAGCGAACCGGGCGGAGAUUGAGAGAAACCGAGCGACUGCUGGUGGAAGACGGCCAGAUAGCGUUGGCGAGCUUGACAGGAGAGUCGCGCGCGGCCACUCCACCGAAAAAUCAAAUACCAAAAAGAAAAAGAAAAAAAAAAGUUUUUUUUUUUUUUUUUGUUUUUAUUUCAACUUGUUGGCUUCGACUUCUUCUUCUAUUGUCAGUGUUGAGUGCGUGUGUGUUGUGUUGUGUGUGAGUGUGUUAGUUAACCCCGGCAACGUCGAGCAAGAAGAAGAAACUCGAAAAGUGAGAAAUUGAGUUUUGACUUUGACAGAAUUAUUAUUUAUUGCCCAACUGUGUUUUGUGUGUGGGUGGGUGUGUGUGUGUGGAUUUGAUCGUUUGUGCGACGAUUUGAUUUUCUUGUCUUUCGCAAGCCGAAUUUUGGCCGGAAUAUUACGGUGGUGGCCAUUUGGGGUCCAAAUGAUACCUCGUGCCAAUUGAGUAUCCGUCUUCUUUCUCCGAAGUCCGAACACCGACGUUUCUCAUCCGCUGAGACUGUGAAUUCCAAACGAACUUUCUUUCGAUCAAAAGCCAACCAUCGUUUUAUUGAGGCCCCCAUCUUCUUCUUUUGGUUGUUUGGUUGUUUUCUUUCGUUUUAUUAAUCGUUUUUAUAUCUCGUCGUCGAGUUCGUCAGCUGUUGGCUGUGCGCCUCUCCCUGUGUGAAAAGAUAUGAAUUCGGCAUCACCGCUCAGCAGUUCCUUUGUGACGUCGCACCGACGGCCCGAAAUGGUGGUCGGUCCGGUCGUUGGCUCCUCUUCUUCCGGCUCGUCGGUUUCAUCGGCCGUCACGUCGGCCAGUCCGGCUGCCAACAACAACAACAAUCUGCCCAGCUACAGGGAGCAGGCCGAAAUCCAUCAUCAGAUAAUGCAGCUCAAGCAGCAGCAGCAACUGCAGCAACAAGUCCUCCUUCAGAGGUACCAGGCCCAGCAGCAGCAGCUGGCCCACCAACAUGAGCAGCAAAUGCAGGAAUUUCUGGAACAGAAGAAGAAAGCGGAAGAAGAGGCUCGUCUGGAACGGGAGAGGCACGAAAAGGAGCGAUUGCUGGCCCUCAAGAACAAGGAGAAGCGCGAGCAGAGCGCCGUGGCUUCCUCCGAAGUCAAACAAAGACUGCAGGAAUUCGUGUUGAAUAAGAAGCAACGCGAAGCGGCAGCGGCGGCCGCAGCUGCCGGGAAUGGAACUGCCAAUGCGCCCAGCUCCUCGUCGGCCCCGUACCGAGCCUGGACUGGAGCUGUGCCGACCCUACCGGCCAGCCAUGGAUGCAGCAACAACAAAGGAUCCACCUCGCAAUUAUCCAGCGGAUUGGGCUCGUCGGGGAGCGGCAACAGCAGCAACGGCGUCGGUGGCAACAGUUCGUCGUGUUCAUCCUCUUCGUCCAGCGGCAUUGUCCAUCCUCAUCCCUAUCGCCAUCCGCUCCUUUCCGGCAAUUUCGACGACGACUUUCCUCUCCGCAAAACCGCGUCGGAACCCAACCUGCUCAAAAUGCGGUACAAACAUCGUGGGACGGUGGAGCGUCGCAACUGCAGUCCGUUGGUGGCCCGGCGGAGGGGUGGCGUACCUCACCACCACCUCUCGGCGGGUAGCGGCCCGGUCCUGCCUGGCCAUCAUCACCUACCGCCACCGCCGCCGCUUCACCACCGCCAAGCCCCGCCACCAGCCCACUCGUCGUCGGUCGCCUUGGCCGCUAAGCGGAUGUCGCAGCUUACAAGUCAAGACACGGGUGGAAGCACUCCGGAAUCGCCUUCCGGUGCCGGAUCUCCGCUUGGCUCUCAUCAUCCUUCGUCAGGAGUUGUACCUGAGGAGAUCAGUCCGUCUCAGUACCACCUUAUGGCCAGUCAUGGUCAGGGAAGCAUUUCGGAUCUGACGCUCUAUUCUAGCCCGUCUUUACCCAACAUAUCUCUUGGGCGGCCCGCAAUAGCCAGCCAUCAUGCCGCCGAACCUCCCGGAUUGGCCAUGGUCAGCGAAGUGGUGGACAUGCGCGCAGCUUUCUCCGUCCGUAUGGGACUGCCGGCCACAGGAGCCGGCCAUCAUCCGCUUUACCAGCAACCGCAACCUCAGCACCACCCUCAUGCUCAUCCUCUCCAUCAACAUCACCACCUCCUCAUGCCGUCUGGCCCGCCUUUCUUCCCGCCGCCGCCGCUGGAUUCCGGCGGAGGCGACUACGGAUCCAGCGGAGGCAGUCCCGAAUCGCCCGGCUACAUUCAAAAGCAAAUGCAACUGCUGGAGCAGGCCGGCCAUCACACACAAAUUCUGAUGAGCGGACUCUACAACGGCGCGCCCAUCACCGACGCACAGGUCGCCCAGGCGAGAUUGAACAAAUCAGGAAUGCGUCCGUUAGGACGGACGCAAUCGGCUCCUUUGCCGCUGGGCCACCCGCUGCUGCAGGGAGCCCCGCACGGAGUGAUGCCCACCGUGCCGUUGACGCAGCAGCAAUUCGACCAGUAUGUCCGCGAACGUCACAUCUACGAACAACAACAUCAGCACAAUUUGCUCAAACAGCAAAUCCGCCAGACGGUCUUGACUCGGGCGGGUAGCCGGAGCCAAGUAGAAAACGUGGAGGAAGAAACGGAAGCGGCCGUGGCUCGAGAAAUGUCACGCGACCGCGAACGGGGUGCCCCUCUGCCGGAAGUCAUCGAUUUAACUGAGCACAAAUUGGAGGAAGAGGCCGAAGCCGACCGGCACUCUUCGCGGGACGGCCUUUCGCCCCUUCAGUUGCGCGUCUCCAGCACAAGAAGUUCCCUUCAAGCCAGUCCAGGUUCGGCCUUUGUUCCACGUGGCCAUCAUGUCGCCCGGCCGUUGUCUCGGGCAUUUUCCAGUCCUUUGGUCUCCCUCGACCCACCCGGUGCUGGCCCUUCCGGAGCAGGUGAGAGCGGAGGCGCUGUGGUGCCCAUGACUUUGGCGGCGGCCGGAUGGGGUCCGUCGGCCGGCGGUGCCAAGACGGGCAGCACCAGCACCGCGCUGGCCUACGACGGCCUCAUGUUGCGACACCAGUGCAUGUGUGGCAGCAACAGCGCCCACCCGGAGCACGGCGGCCGCCUGCAGAGCAUCUGGGCCCGUCUCCAGGAGACUGGAGCCGUCCACCGCUGCCUGCGGCUCCGCUCGCGCAAGGCCACGGCCGAGGAGCUCCAGUCGGUCCACUCUGACGUCUACACGAUGCUCUUUGGCACGGAACCCAUGCACCGUCCCAAGGUGGACGUCAAUCGCUUCGCCGAAUUGCCCAUGAAGAAUUUCGUCAUGUUGCCGUGCGGCGGCAUCGGCGUCGACUCGGACACGACCUGGAACGACAUCCACACGCCUUCCGCCGCCCGGAUGGCUGCCGGCUGCGUCAUCGAUCUGGCCUUUAAGGCUGCCAUGGGCGAGAUUAGGAACGGUUUCGCCAUCGUCCGCCCGCCCGGUCACCACGCCGAAGCCCAGCAAGCCAUGGGAUUUUGCUUCUUCAAUUCGGUCGCCAUAGCAGCCAAACAGCUCAGACUCAGGCACAAACUUGAGCGCAUCCUCAUCGUCGACUGGGACGUCCAUCACGGUAAUGGAACCCAGCAAAUCUUCUAUGAAGACCCUCACAUCUUGUACAUUUCCAUCCAUCGCCACGACGACGGUCAUUUUUUCCCUGGGACUGGUAACCCUCUUGAGUGCGGCUCCGAAGACGGAAUUGGAUUCAACGUCAAUAUCGCUUGGUCCGGUGGACUUAAUCCGCCAUUAGGAGAUGCCGAAUAUCUGGCCGCUUUCCGCGCCCUUGUUAUGCCUAUUGCUCAAGAUUUCGACCCAGAAAUUGUUCUGGUUUCAGCUGGAUUUGACGCCGCAACGGGACAUCCGUCUCCUCUGGGCGGCUACCAAGUGUCGGCCGCCUGUUUUGGCUACAUGACGCGACAACUAAUGGAGUUGGCCGGCGGUAAACUUGUCAUGGCGCUCGAAGGUGGCUAUGAUUUACCGGCCAUCUGCGACGCCUCGCACGAGUGCGUCCGGGCCCUGCUCGGUGACGAGCCAGUGCCCAUUCGUGAAGAAGAACUCGCCAGGCGGCCGUGCCAAAAUGCCAUUGAUUCGCUCCAUAAAGUCAUUUCGAUCCAGCAACCUCACUGGCCCAUUAUCAAGCGCUACGCCUUUUCCGUCAGCCUGUCGGCGUACGAAGUCGAAGGAGUAGGCCGGUCGCGUAGUUUCAGCGGCGGCAAUGGAGCCGGAUCGCUGGAAGGCGGCGAGGACAGCGAAACACUUUCAGCCAUGGCCGGCCUCUCGGUCUGCCGCACUGAUAGCAGCAAAAGCAUCGCGUCCUCGUCCAGAGAGUUGUCACAAGAGCCGAUGGAUCAAGACGAAUCUAAGUGAAACGGAAUCUAAAAAAGAAGAAAAAACAAAAUGAAUUCUUGUGUUUUUGUUUUAGUGUUAAUUGGAAGGGGGUGGGGGAUUUAUUUGAAAAGCGGACAAAGAAGCCCGAACAGAGAAAGAAGAAUAUUUUGAGAGAAAAAUGGCGCUAUUUUUUUUUUAAAGUUUUUUAGCGCCGUUAAACGUACAGAACAUACAGAGUUGGCGAUCUCGUUUGUGGGCCACGGAAUAGUUUUCUUUUUUUUUUCUGUUUUGUUUUUGGUUUUGUUUUUUUUUGUUUAUUUUUCGUGUGCGUGUUUUUUUUUUUUUUGUUUUGUUUUUCUAAAAAAUUGGAAGAUUUAAGGCGGGGGAGGGGGUGGAGACGAAAAGUGAGACGGAAAUCAUUCCACGCAUCAAUACGAUUGGGAUAUAUAUAUAUAUAUUUACAUAAACAAUGCAUAUUAUACAUAGGCAUACAAAUCAAGAGGGAAAAAAUGAAACGACGAAGGGUCGGUUGAUGAUCGGUAGACGACCUUUCUUUUUUUCUGUUAUGUUGUUGUUGUUGUUGUAUCCUUCUUUUUACUCCCCCUUCUCUUUUGUCUAUUCUCUGUUUGUUUUAUUAUUAUUAUUUUCAAUUUACAAUGGUCCAACACUUGCUAUCAAUCUUAGGAUAUUUUUGUCAAGGAAAGUAAAUCAUUUGAUGGAGGGCAGAGAAGGGACAUGUAUGCACUCAAUUAAGCGGUGGACAAACCAACCAAAAUUUCGUUACGAACAGACACAGAUUUAAUGUUGCGCAUUUUACGCCCAAAGAAACAUGGAACUUGAUGUACCAGUGAGUUAUCCUAAUUUUUCGUUUUUGUUUUUCAUUUCUUUUUUAAUUUACUGAAAGCUGAGAUGUAAAAAGCCACGAUUGGCUGCAAUGUUGAUUUCUGUUGAAUUUUUUUUUUCCUUCUUUUGUCUUUUUCUUUGACGUCCUUCAUUAUUACACACGCACAAAAUACAGUCCCACCCAAAAUCGAUUGUUUUGAACUCGCCAUUCUCUCUCGAUUUGAUGAUGGACAGCCCAACACAAGGAGGACAGCAAACGCGCAACAAACCAAAAAGUAAGAGGACAGAUGUCAGGUUGAAAUCGAUCGUUUGGUUCGACAUGAUUUCUCUUUUGUUCUUCAUUGACCAGAGGGGAAAGAAAUGAGACACCCAACCGUCGAUAUUUGAAAAAAUUUAAAAGACAUUGACAACUGUCAAAACAAAAAAAAGGGAGAAAGAAAAAAAGUAAUCGUCUCGUUCGGCGCACUCCCCGUCGCAAAUUGUCCGAUCUGAAACAUUCCCUGCAAAAAGAAGUUGAUUCUCUCUCUCUCUCUCUCCUUUCAAAUUCAUUUUCCCGUUCGUUUCCUUUCUUUCUUGAUUCGAUGGAAUUAUCAAACACGCGCAAUUUUGGAUUGGCAAGUUUUUGGGGUUUAUAUUUUUGAUUUUUCAAUGUUGGUUGUCCCAUAUGCGUUUAUUUUGAUUCAUGUGAAAUCCCACUCGAUUCUUUUCUCCACUUGGAAGAGAUGAAACUCCUAGUCAGUUGCACACACACACACACACAAACACUGGUGAAUGAUUUGGAAUGGUUUCAUUUUGGAAGUUUGUGUUUAUUUCUUUGAAAUUAUUUGACUUGUUGGAUUUAUUGCCGCCACCCCACUUGUUCCCGAAAAGAAAACAAUUCACAGCAACCACCUCCUGUUAAGAAAUAAAAUAUUAGACGAGAGCAGCUGGCCAUCUCCGUCUCCACGCACAUGUUUCCCCCCUCCGAUUUCAAUUUGAAAAAGAAAAGAAGAAGAAGAAAAGCGUCCGUAUUGCCCAGAAAUCCGUGUCCUGUGCCCUCGAUAUCUUUUUAGAAAAUGUUUGUCAUAUUCACACAAGAAAAUUGUCAAAGAUGCGAAGGAAAAAAAAAAAGAAAUUCACGUCGCCAUUUCAAAAUGUUGUUUCCUGCGGAUCGCAUUUCUUUUUAAUUUUUCCUCGUGAGCUUUUUUUGGACAAUUCCGACCAGAAACGGAAAACACAAAAUUUCAUUUGAUUAUUAUUAUUUUUUUUUAUUCGGGGGAAUUUUAUUAUUCGGUCGUUGUUUGAAAGGAAAUUAUAUCUCCUACUCCCAUUUUGUCCGUGUUUCACUCUUAUUUUUCUUGUUGCUUGUGUUUUAUUUUGCGUCUAAUUCACCUCCUGAUAUCUCGCACUCUGUACAACUGAUGUCGAUGGUCGUGUGAGUGUCUAUUCAAUGUGACGUGAUGGCCGGUGACUGGGCGUUUGGACAUGUCGCUCGUUCAUUUAUUUUUCAUGUGAGAAAACAAAAAACAAAUUAAAACAAAUAGAUUUGA